GACAUUAGCUUCAUUGGCCAGGAGAGCAACACGCCCCGUCAAGAAGAAGUUUGACGAGAGGAUUGCGCGCAAGAAACUGAGGGCCGAGCGAGGCAGAGAUCUACAGUCCAGCGCAGCUUACCCUCAACGCUUCUGCACAGCAGUGUACAAAGCUUGGGAGAUGGCCGUGGCUAAGGCAGAGAAAUGCCGAGAAGACCGGCUGAUGUGCUUGGCAUGA